GAGUGAGUGUGCGUUGUGUGUGAGCGUUGUGUGGGGGGGAAUGCUUGCAAAUGUCUCUCUCUCCUCCCCACCUUAUCCAACCACAAAACUCUAGACGCUCCUCUGCACAGCAAAAGCAUAUGCUCUUCCUGCCUCUCCCAUGGAUUCUCUGUCCCUCUCCUCCACCUCCAGCUCCUCUGCAAACCCAACAUCAAGAAUUCCUCACUGAACUCCCCAGCCCAAGAAUCCCACCACACCAGCACCAGCAAGAGCCAGGCUCAUCUCAUCAAUGGCUUCCGCCACCACAAGACCCACCUUCUCCUUCCACCUCUCCACAAACCCCAAACUCACCCACCACCACCACCACUCCCUCCCCACCUUCACCAACCCCAGGAUACCCAAGAAGCUCCACCUCACGACUAGGCUAAACCCGAACCCGAACCCGAACCCGCCAUUCCGGCCCCGCUCCGUCGACGUCUCCAAAGAAGACAAGCCCACCUCGAGCCAAGAGCCGCCCGCCCCGCCCCCGCCUCCCGCGCCCGCCCAGGAGCAAGAGGGCCCGCCGCCGCCGCCCCCCGACGACGGCCAGGACUUCGACAGGCGGCGGAUGGAGGAGAAGUUCGCGGUGCUGAACACGGGGAUCUACGAGUGCCGGUCGUGCGGGUACAAGUACGACGAGGCGGUGGGGGACCCGUCGUACCCGAUCCCGCCGGGCCUGCCGUUCGCGCAGAUGCCGGAGGACUGGCGGUGCCCCACGUGCGGGGCGGCCAAGAGCUUCUUCGAGAGCAAGAGCGUCGAGAUCGCGGGGUUCGCGCAGAACCAGCAGUUCGGGCUCGGCGGGAACACCCUCACCUCCGGCCAGAAGGCGGUGCUCAUCUACGGCGGCCUCUUUUUGUUCUUCGUCCUGUUUUUGUCCGGUUACUUCUUGCAAUAAGUCCAAAGAGUGAACUCGGGCUGCUGCUGGUUUUGUAGCUGCUUGGCUUUUCUUCCUUUUUGGGUUAAGGGGAAAUCUCAUUGUAUGUUUGUGCAAAAUAGAAUUUGAAAGAGUUAAUAAAAGUUUGGCAACUGUUGUAGCACUGUUAUA